AUGGACUUCGAGCGCGACACUGAGUUUUGGUAUGAAGACGGCACAGUAAUUUUGAUUGCAAGCAAAAUCGGCUUCCGCGUACAUCGAGGUCUGCUAGCGGAGCGAGCAGAAGUGUUCCGCAACAUAUUCUCCAUCCCGCAGCCACAAGACAGCGAGCUUGCCGUCGGUUGCCCGGUUGUCCGGGUAUCCGACACAGCUAUAGCACUCAGAGAAUUUUUGAAUGCGCUUAUUCGAGAGAAAAGGCAUGUACCAGCAUCGUACAACCGUUGGAGCGAUGAGAAGCUGGAGAGCCUGGCUUAUCGCGUGCGGCUAGCCCACAAAUAUGGCGCAGAAAAGCUUUUAAGCGAGUCUCUUCAAGAGCUGAAGAUACUCUUCCCUGUCCUAUUUGCACACUACGACGCUUUCUCCGACGGAGACUUUCGGGGUGCUCAAGCCGUUGUUGCUGCUAAUUUGGCAGAUCUGACCGACACACCUUCAAUCCUGCCAACUGCAUUAUACAACUGCUGCCUCCUUGCGGAUGCUACGGUACUCCAAGGUGUAUCUCUGUCAGAUGGGACGGUCGAGAUGCUGAGCAGAGAACACCUGCUACGACGCUCCAAUGGCAGAGUGAAGCUGGCCUCCAGACGUGCGCUGUCAAUCCAUGAAGUCUUCUUCUACACCUUUAACACCAACUGCACCUCUCCGGGACACUGUCGAAGUUCGAUCCUGCAGAUGCGCACCGAGGCCAUCAGGCGACUCGACGAAACGGAUGUCAACAUUUUCGAGUCAUGGCUCCACUUCCUACAAUACAACGCCUUGGGCGAGGAGGACGACAACCUACCAGAGCCAUGUCAACAAUGCAUGAGCCUUCUCUAUGGUAGAGAUGAGGAGGUUUGCAGGGGUAGCCGGGAACUACUGCCGUCGUACAUGGGAGACGAAAAAUAUUGGUAUCUAGAUGGGAACAUCAUAUUACUGGCGCAGAACAUAGGUUUCAGGGUCUACAGGGGACUUCUUGCGGAGCAGUCGGAAGUGUUCCGUGAUUUGUUCACGGUCCCUCAGCCACCCGAGGCCCAGUCGACGGAGGAAUGCCCUAUGGUCCACUUGUCUGACACUGCGCAGGAGCUGCGAGCUCUGCUUUCCGUCAUGAUACAUGGACGAAAGUAUACCGGCGAAGAUGAAGCCCAGUUCGAGGAUGUCGCAGCGUGGGUUCGCAUGAGCCACAAGUAUCACAUACAGGACCUACUCGAUGACGCGAUGAAACGGCUCAAGAGAUACUUCCCCGACAAGUUCGCAAAUUUCAAGGAUGACCCUCACGCUGUCCAGCGUCAGUACGCAAUCGCGGCGGUCAACCUCGCCCGACUGACGGACUCGUUCACCAUGAUCCCUCCGGCGCUCUACUACUGCUGCACGCUAGACAGCCGAACUCUCCUCCGCGGAUCCGCUCGCUCGGACGGCACCGUCGACUGUCUGGCUCCGGAAGACCUGGAGCGGUGCAUCCAAGGCAAGGCUGAGCUUGCGGGGCAGGCAGCUCUGUGCUUGUCGAGAAUAUGCCGAUCGACGGUCAGCGACAGUUGCGCCACACCGGCCGCAUGUGGGCCUGCGAUCAAUCGCCUUCAUGACACACUCGCCAUCGGGGCACAGUGUGUAGGCGCAACGGACGCGCUUCUGACGUGGCGGACGGACAUUGAACGGGAGCUGCAAGAACAUCGGGAGCUCUCUAUAUUGUGUAGAGCGUGCCACGUCAUGUUGCUCGACAGAGACGUCGCUGAACGCAAACGAGUGUGGCAAGAGCUGCCAUCUCUGUUUGAACUGGCUAUGAAUAACUGGGAAAGAGUGGUCGGUUGA